CACUAGUCACCAGUUCCCCCUUUCGGCUUCUACCUCUCUUCCAAACCUUAACUACCUAUACCUAUCAACACCUUCCUGUCACACUUGACUUACCUUACAUUUCUUUGUACUUGCUGUCGACUUCCUUUAUUCCUUCGCAUAUACAAUUACUUGUCCCUUAAUCCCUGGGUGCCUACCUCUACCUACCUACCUACCACUUACCUCCCUGCGAUCCACUUUUGUACUUCCCAACUUUCUUCCACAACAGUCAUCAUGUCUGCCGAACAAACCUUCACCAGCGACCUCCGCAGCGAAGCCAAGGAGUUCAAUCGCGACAAGGACCACCGAGUCAAGUGGGCCCAUGGUCAAUCUUUUGGCCCUGGACGGCGCGUCGAAGAUGCUCGGCCCCGACCUGCACGCAUCGCAGCAGUCCCCAAAGCGUCAUCGAACAUGAACAAGGCUCGCACUUCAAUCAGGAACGACAUCGCAUAUGCUAGUGGCGACUCUUCGGCCGAUGAGGACGUUGAACCUUCCUCCGCCGCCCCGGCUCCCGAUGCUGAGAUCACAUAUUCGUACGAUGCCACAAGGGGACCAUCCCAGGGCAGCCAAAUCCUCGGACAGGCUCUAGCCCAGGCCAUCGAACGCUUCGAGGACCGCCAAACGGAUACGCUCAUCAAGCGGGAAUAUGAGGUACUGGAUGUCCACGGCGAUGCUCUCUCUCCAAUGCCCAAGGUCAGCAAGAAGAAGGUCGCUCCAGAAGAUGAGGAUUACGAGUUCAUCGAGGCUUAGUCCUUGCCACCUCCACGAUUUCCUCUUCUUCGAUUCCAUUAGCGUACGGGUAGGAGCUUCUCCGAUGGCGUUUUGAUCCCUUGUGGCAUUCAUUCAUGAGAUUGACGAUACCACCUACUGCAAUACCACCGCAGUAGGGG